GAAAGGGACAAGAGGAUCUACUCCCACUUCCUGCCCUUAAGGCUGAAUCCCUUUAAAAGCCCCCAGCUUUGACUUUUUGGUUGAAACGCCAUCAUGGUGUCAGAGAAAAAGCUCAUGGUUGUUUCUCUCUUGGUUUUUGCCUUCUUCUCCAAAGGGGAGGGCAUCAUCGGGGGCAGGGAGGCGGCACCCCACUCUCGGCCCUACAUGGCGUCUAUCCAGGUGGUCGAAGGCGACAGCAUGAAGCACGAAUGCGGAGGUUUUGUGGUCGGCGAUCGGUGGGUGAUGACGGCGGUGCACUGCCUUCCCACAGGGGCAAACGGCAGAAAAGUGGUCCUUGGUGUUCACUCUCUGAGUCAAGGUGAAGACACCAAGCAGACGUUUGACAUUAUGGAGCUCCACAAUCACGCUCAGUUCGACUCGUCCAAUUACGACAACGACAUCGCUCUCAUUAAAUUGGAUCGGCCGUUCAACGCCUCGGACGCUGUCAAAGCCGUGGCGUUCCUGCGAGAGGACUCCGGCAACCCCGACACGGAUGCCGAGGUGGACACGGCCGGCUGGGGGUCCCUGGACAAUCUGGGCUCCCGGCCGGACAAGUUGAAGGAGGUGGUGGUGGAAGUGAUGAACCCGGCACGCUGCAGACGCAGUGACUACUUUGGCAGGAAGUUCACCGCCAACAUGAUCUGUGCUCACAAGGUUUGCGAGGAACCUUGUGACCAGCCGCACAAGAAGGAGGACACCUGUGAUGGAGACUCUGGCGGUCCGCUGCUCUACAACGGCGUGGCGGUGGGCAUCACGUCCAACGGAGGGAAGAAGUGCGGCCAACUGAAGAAGCCGGGGAUCUACACCAUCAUCUCACACUACACCCAGUGGAUAGACGGCAUCAUGGGCCUUCAGAGCGACGCUUAAGGUUCACCUCGGGGAUAUUUCCUUCCUCCUCGCUCAUAAGGUCACAAGCCUGUCAUCUACUUGUCACUUUGACCUUCAACUGUAGCACCAAACCUAAACAGUAAUCCCUUGUUUAUCGCGGUUAAUCACAUUCACAAAGUCAUAUUUUUUAUUUAUAAAUUGAAUAUCUUCAUAGUUAGAGCAUAGAAAACCUUUUUUACAACCCUCUAAAUGUUUGUUUGUCCAUUAUUAGAGCCCUCCAGACAUAAAAUAACACCCCUAUAGUCACAUUUACACUCUUAUUAUCCAAUAUAGUAAACAUAAUAACAACAUAAAUAAGACUCUGGUGUGUUGCUAUAUAAAUGUGAUCCAUAGGAGUGGUGGGACGGACAUGAUGUCAGGGCUACGGAGUUGAGUUUCAGCUUGGUGUGUUUUUAUUAGGGACUUUUAUUAGACGUUAUUGUAUCUGUUGUGGGAUGAUUCAAACCUGCAAUAAAAGCCUGUUGUUGCAGGUAUCUGGUGCUUGUGUGUCUCACCAAACACUUGGAUUACUACA